CAGAUUUGAAAGAGUUCUUAUCGAUAAUGACUUCAAUUUCCUAUCAUAAACAAUUCACCAUUUCAAUAAUUCCAUUUCUAACUAUUUUCUUUCUUUUUAUAAUAAUUCCUUUAACUUAUUCUCAUGACACUCUAACAUUCGAUCCAACAAUUCCAUCAUGUGUGGCAUGCCAACAAAACUUUUCUUCUGUAGAUUCGUGUACAAGUGCCAGCGUAGCUUUUCAAAAUUUCAGUGCCGUACUUUCAGACCCUUCUCGAUUUGUUAAUGCUCUUCGGUGCGCAUGCUUAGACUCAUUCCAAAAAGCUUAUGCUCUUUGUUUGUAUUGUUUUCAAUUAACAAAUCAGACACAAAAGUUUUUGGAUUCGAAUGAUAUACCUCCAUCUGUAGAUUCUAUUAGGUCUGCAUGUGCGUUUGUUAGUGCAAUUACACAUAAUGCUAGCGGGUAUAAUGGUACAUCUACUGCAUCAGCUUAUAGGUCAUAUGGCAGGAUAAAUGUCGGAGGUUUGGAAGAGGGAUGGUUUUUAAUGAUGUUUUUAAUAGGGUUUUGGAGCUUGUAUGGAACUUGGUUGGAAUAA